AUAGAUUUGAUUAGACAUUCGACAGGCUUUCGAUUGGGUUGCAUAGAUUUUUUCUCCUAAGAAAAAAGUCUCAGUUUGCAACAAUGAGUUACUCUUACUCAUUUCUUGCCUGCAUUACUUUGGUGUCAUGUUCGAUUGCUGUUAAUGGCCAGCUUACCUCAACAUUUUACAGUACGUCGUGUCCCAAUCUGUUGUCGACUGUUAAGUCUGCAGUGAAACAGGCCGUCGCUAACGAGAAACGGAUGGGAGCAUCCCUUCUGCGUCUUCAUUUCCAUGAUUGCUUUGUUAACGGCUGCGAUGGGUCUAUUCUGUUGGACGACUCGUCGACGUUAACAGGAGAAAAGACUGCAUUGCCCAAUGCUAAUUCAGUCAGAGGUUUCAACGUGAUAGACACCAUUAAGACCAACGUGGAGGCUGUUUGCAGUGGUGUUGUGUCUUGCGCCGACAUUUUGGCCAUCGCUGCUCGUGAUUCAGUUGUCGAACUUGGAGGGCCAACAUGGACGGUGCAGCUGGGAAGAAGAGACUCGUCAACUGCAAGCCUUAGUGGUGCAAAUAGCAACAUUCCUGCUCCCACAUCAAACCUCAGUGCACUCAUCUCAUCCUUUAGCGCUCAGGGUCUUUCUACCAAGGACAUGAUUGCGCUUUCUGGUGGUCACACUAUUGGUCAGGCUCGUUGCACUAAUUUCAGGGCUCGCAUCUACAACGAGACCAACAUAGAAUCUACAUUCGCCACUUCAUUGAAGUCAAACUGUCCAAGCAGCAGUGGGGAUAACAACCGUUCACCGUUAGAUCUUCAGACUCCCACGACAUUUGACAACAACUACUACAAAAAUCUGAGAAACCAGAAAGGACUUUUGCACUCCGAUCAGCAGCUUUUUAAUGGAGGUUCUGCUGAUUCUCAGGUGACUACAUAUAGUACCAAUCAGAACACAUUCUUCACAGAUUUCGCUGCUGCGAUGGUGAAAAUGGGAAACAUCAGUCCUCUGACUGGCACCAAUGGACAGAUCCGAAAGAAUUGUAGGAAGCCCAAUUGAUAGCUGUAGAAAACGCAUUCUUCUGGUAUCAUAGGUUUAUAUUUGCUGUAGUAGUCAUGAUUCACUCUAAUAAAUUAUGAGCGGGAUCGUUGUCGAUCACAUAAUAAAUAAUGUUCGUUCUUCAAAAUUAAUUCAUACAGAUUUGCUAGUGGUGAGAAAUAUUCAGAUUGUACGUGAAUCUCUAUGGCUGGAGUACUUAAAAUAGAAUUCGAAAAUAAUGGUUAAUACGAUGAUGAAUUU